UCCUCUUUCUUAUUAAUUGUUUGGAGGAAGAGGGAUUGAAGCAGAAGAAGCAAAUGGCACAAGGGUAUGCAUGGGUCGUGUGGCAGUCCCGGAUUGGCUGUGCCUUCCGGACCGGCUGGGCAUGUAUCAUGGUAGGCUUUGCUAUUGAGUACUACAAUGCGCGGCUCCACCGGCCAAUGGACUUCCAAGCAUUUGCAUACUUGACAGCCACACUCAUCAUCGGCGAGGCUUGCCUGGGUGAGGCCAUGCAGGGCGCAGCGCUGGCCCUGUAUGGCGUAGUCCAAGGCGCCUGCCCUGCCUUGCUCAUCUUGUGGGUGAUGGGGCCGUCGAGCCUCUCGGCCUGGACCAUCACCCUAGCAGUCACAGUUAGUGGCUUCCUCGUCUCAUUCCCAAAGUCCACACACAUUGUGACCAAAAGGGUGGCACUUGGGCAGAUCGUCAUUGUAUAUGUUGCUGCUUUUAUGCGUAGAGGAAAUGGCAUUGAUGCCCGUGUCUACCCUUUGCAUGCUGCAUUGAGCACAGCCAUUGGAGCAGCUGCUUCAGUUCUCGCAUUACUUGUGCCUGUGCCUAGGCUAGCCUGUCAUAAGAUUAAGGAGAAGAUUCAGUUAAUAGGAGAAAUCUCCUCCAGUAUGCUGAAUCUGCUGGCAAGUGCGUACUCUGCUGAAAGCAUUUCUUCUUCAAUUGCCUCUCUUUCCCAAGCCAGAACACUUGGAGAUGUCAGAGCUCAUCUUAUCACCACUGUGAGGGAUAAACAGGCAAUUAUUGGUUGGGAGAAGCCUCUUGUUGGCUGCUUGACGCCCAAUUUUAAAGCCUUACUGGAGAAAUUUCUCUCGCUUGAGAAACCCAUAAAAGGAAUGGAGAUUGCAUUGAGCUGUUGCCCUUCAUUCCCCACAAACGGAUCAAUGGGAGACAAAGAAAUCAAGGAUCUUUCAAGUGCCAUGGCGGAAAGAAUUGGGCACUCAAUAGAAACAAUUAUGGGUUCAGCACAUAAAGAUUCGAGACAAGUGUAUGACAACGACAGCCAGCCUCCAGAGAUGCGCUUUGAAGCACUAGAAGCGGUGGCACCAACAUCUUCCAGGGAUUUGCCUCCCAUCUUCUUCCUCUUUUGCAUGAAGAAUCUCUACGAAGGCAUAGUGCUGCCCCAGAAAGAACAGGAGAAAACUACUGACGUGCCCAAGAAAGGGACACCAAUGAAGAAAGAAAAAGGUACUUGGUCUCUAAAGAUCGACACCGAGAGCCUGUUAAUGGCUGUAAAGUGCUCAAUAUCCUUAGGACUCUCUGUUCUUUUCGGGAUUCUCUUCACCGAUGACAAUGGGUACUGGGGAGGACUUGCUGUUGCUCUCUCCAUUGCGUCACAAAGAGAACCCACGUUCAAGAUGGCCAACAUAAGGACACAGGGCACAGUUCUGGGCUCUGUUUAUGGGGUUUUAGGAUGUUUUUUCACACAGAAGUUUGUGUACAUGAGGUACAUAGCAUUGAUACCGUGGGUGGUUUUCACUAGCUUCAUAAGGCAGAGUGAAAUGUAUGGCUAUGUAGGAGGCUUGACCGCGUUCAUCGGAGCAGUAGUAAUUCUAGGAAGAAGAGACUACGGUUCACCUUCUCAAUUUGCCAUUGAGAGAAUCACAGAAACUUUUGUGGGUAUACUUUGCUGCAUCCUUGUUGAACUUAUAUUCCUUCCAAGGAGGGCUUCAACUCUAGCAAGAGAGAAACUCUUAGGAACAUUAACAGAUAUCAGUGACUGUAUCUCAUUGAUUGGUUGCACCGACAUACCAUGCCUAAGCUUUCCAGAGAUGAAAGAAGCAGGAAGGAGACUGAGGACGAACUCUUCUGAGCUCAAGAAUUUGAUUGAAGAAGCGAAGACUGAGCCAGACUUUUGGUUUGUUCCAUUCCCUCAUGCUAGCUAUAGCCAGGUUUUAGGGUCAUUAUCUACCAUUAUUGAGCUUUUAGACUUCUUGGUUGAUACAAUUAACUCUCUUCCUCAAGCAUUUGAGAUGUACGAGGCCCUAAGCGAAGACCUUGAAGAAUUUAAAGACUGUAUCAGUUCGUAUUUGAUUUGCUUUCAGGAAGUCCUUCAGGUCAAGUCUUUGAAGGGGUUGAGUGAAGAGUACAUGAAGAAGAAUGAAGGGGGUGAUCCUGAGGCAGGAGGGGUCGACAUUGUUGAUGGGGAUGUGGUAGACAAGGUUAUUGAGUCAUUUGUUAGGCAUAUGGGAGAAGCAGUGGCGCAUGUUGAGGGCAUGAAGGAGAUGAGGGUCCAAAUGGUUUUGGGCCUUGGUGCUAUGGGGUUUUGCCUUGCAAACGUCAUGAAGGAAUCCAAGAAAAUCGAGUGUGGAAUUCAAGAAAUUCUUCAAAAUGAGAACCCUUUAGCUCAUGUGAAUUUGUGGGAAAUCUAUCAUAUGCUGAUGCGAGUGAGAUCUUCCUGA